AUGGCACCAAUUAGAGAUUUAGAGAAAAGCGAUUCAAGAAGGGCGAUGCUUUCAAAUGCAAUAAAAGCAAUAGCAUUCAAGAAACAGCAGGCACCAAAAACACCAUUUGAAAAGGGCGAUGAAGUUGAAGUAGCAAGUCAAGAAUAUGGCUACAUUGGCUCUUACUACACAGCAACUAUUGUUUCUUCCGUUGGCGCUUAUCAUUACAGAGUCAAGUACAAGACUCUGUUGACUGACGAUGAAUCUGCGCCACUAGAGGAGAUUGUCACUGUCGGCGAGAUCCGUUCCGUGCCCCCUCAACAUCCAGAAAUCAACUUCCGUUUGUACGGUAUAGUUGAUGCAUUUGACAACGAUGGUUGGUGGUUAGGGUUUAUUACUGGGAGAAUUGGGACAAAGUACAUUGUCUACUUCCCUACAACUGCGGAUGAAGUUGCAUAUCCUCCUGAGGUUUUGAGGUUUCAUCAAGAAUGGUAUAAUGGCAAGUGGGUUUUUUCCUAUUAG